AACUACCAACCAAGCUUCAUAGUGUUCUAUACGGAGCAAUCGCCAGCAGGGUUAAUUUACAGGAUAUUCAAACACGUUUUAAAGGAUAUUCAAACACGUUUUCUCUGUUCCACGCAACUAUUUUCAAUGACGAUUCUUUUAAAUAAUAUAGAUUCUAACGCUACAUGAUAUAGCCACCCUUCUGCCUGUACGCCUUGCGUGCCCGUCAUUUCUUAAACUAUCCUUUAUUAGCUUAGGCAGCUUGUUGUAUUCAAAGGAUCCAUAAACAAAAUCAACUAAAAGUUGUCAGCGUCGAGCAUGCUCGAAGUGGCCCCGCCCACUGGCAUCUUUCACCCGCUGGCGCCCAUUACAAUACCAGUAAAACUUGCUGGUGGAGUAUUCAACACAGUCGACAGGUCAUAAGUCAUUGAAAAUCUGCUCACAGCUUCGAAAACAGCGAUAAAUAAUCGCACGAAAAAAUGAACGGCAAAAAUACACUGAAAAACGCCUGCCAUUAAUUUGUUUCCCGUCAGGCAGGCAAGUUCACGUUCAAUGGAAUCUUUGAAUUCUUGGUCCAAAGAUUAUUUACAGCCAUUUGCUCCCUAGUGAGAUCUGUGAUUGCCUUGGAAUACUGUUUGCUCAGGAAGUUUAAAAGAGCAGCCUGUUCCAGGUGUCGCUCCAUUAUGAAGCCACAAACGAAGCGCAGUUUCUGCCUGGGAGCAUUUCUUGUCAUUGUGACGCUGGUGGUGCUGUACUCAUACUGUAAUGGCAGUUCUGUUUGCUAUACUUUUCCUCUUUUCAAUGGACUGGAGCGAGACAGUUUGCAGGCUAAGCCGCCGGCGGAAAUGGUAGUGACGUCAGUUAUUGUGCAGACGAAGCAGCCGUUCGACAUGGGAACGAUUCAAAAGAAUCAAGGAACCAACAAGGAAAAGCCUAUGAAACUGAAUGAACUGCACACGACAACAGCUCAUGAGGUGGAACAGAACAAGGCUACUAAUUUCUCUGGAAUAGCUGAAAAACUUCAUUUUCACCGCAACAGAACUUCGUUUGAAACAUAUUUGUUUGGUCAUGUAGAGGAGAAAGAUAACAAAACGCAGCCAAAGGAACCUCAAGAGAUCACAAAACACCUCUUACCACCUUCCGACAUCGUUGGAAAGGUUGCGGAAGAAAUUCUGCGAAAAGCAAAUAUCUCCGAAGAGGAGGCUAACAGAGAACUUAUUCGUGUCGAAAAAGUGGAUGGAUUUGUCGACAGGGAGAAGGAACACGGGAAAAGAUUGAACCAGCACGAGCAUUCGUUACUGGAGAAGGUGAAAGAGUCGAGGAGUGCUGGCGGGAAAAGUUCAGAGAGAAAACUGGUGCGAGUUGAAAGAGUUGACUUGACUGAUGAAGACGAAGAGGAAGAUCGACAACCAGAAAAACCGGUUAAACCAGCUUAUGAACGAUCGCUGACUCAAGAAGGAGCGGCAUCGUCAAGGCUGAAGCCAAUGGGAAUUAGUGAAGAUUCUGAAUUAGCACACGCAAGGCGAUUUGGGAAAACAGUUGCGGUGAAUACGACUUUAAACACUGAUGUCUCGGCAGGAAAGCAAGAAGAAAAUCGGUUUAAUUCAGGGGUAAACAAAACGAAGGAAGCAUCUGCAGUUACGCCUCCACCCUUCUUUGCCAAGUUUUUAAAUGUCACUGCACAAGAAAGGGAAAUGAUGGAUUUUCUUCACAACUAUACUGAGAACAGCAAAGAGCUUCAGGAGAAUGUGACCGUGAGAGAAGACAAUAAGAUGGCGCAAAGAUUUGACAUGCCAUCUGCGCAGGCGCACGCUGAUAAAGUCAACGUGCGUGGGAAAAGAAACCAUAAGGAAGAUGAUUUACAUAAUACACUUCAACCCUUAAUUGCCAAGUUACUGAAUCUUACAAAUAACAAGCAAGCUGGAUCUGAAAAUUUGGAAGAACCAUUCAACUUAAGUAAUAUUCUUGGGAAGAUUACCGAAGGUAAUCAUGAUGUUGUAGCAAAAGACCAGCAAACUUCAGUCCCAGAUAGCACCGCGCUAUUAGUCAGAUUUCUACAACAAGGUAGUCGCUACAGACCGCACAUGCCCCAAAAUGACACCGCUGUGCACACAGACAAAGAUGAGGAUCAAAUUGCUGAUUCAAAUAAACUGCAGUCACCUUCAGAAGGGGCUAUAAACCUGAAGGAAACACUUCUACAACUCGCAAAUCACAUAGACUUGUCUAGGCAUCAUAAUGAUUCCAAAACAAUAUCAGACAAUCGGGAGAAAAGUGCUGAUUUGAUGAUGUUAAAGCUACUCUUGAACCAAAGUACUUUGCAAGAUAUCAGCGCUUUUAAUUUGAGCCGCGUGCUAAAAGAAAUCACGGGAAAUUCCCUGCAGAGUAGUUUAAAGGCCCUGGAACCGAUUAAAGUAAAGCGAGACGAAGAUGGGGAUGACCUGGGCUCUACUAGUGCCCAGUCUGACUUGAAGAUAUUUCGACCUGUUUCGGAUAAACUGGGAACUAGCAAAUCGGAGUUGGUUUUUAAUACAGAGAUAAAACCGAGCAACGCGUUGAAGAAAGAAGCAGAUCUGGCUUCCGCGAAUGAAUCGUCAAAUACGACGAACCUCCAACACUUGAGCACUAGAAAUGAUAAUGCCUCGUUUUCGAGUGGAAGUGGCUCAGGGGAGUCUGGGGAUGGAGAAUCUAGGAAGAGUAGUGACUCUGAGAAGCGGGAGAAUAGAAACGAGACAGCAAAGGAAAAAUCGGAGAAGAAACAUCAAUCGAAACUUGGCAAAAAUGGAAUUUUGAAGUUUGACACUAUCAGGUGCGAUGCCUUGGAUCCAAAAGUAUUACUGUAUAAUCGUAUUUUCAAGACAGGAAGUUCCACUACUGAAUCGUUAAUUAUGAGCUCGAGUUCAAGAAUGAAUUACGCCUACAAAAUAGGAACAACAGAGGACUGGUAUGACGAAGGCAAGUCCCACCCGUAUCCGGGACUUAUCAUCAGAAAAGCCAACAAAAAACUCAUCAAAUAUCCGCGCAUGGCUUUCGUGGCGCACUUUUACUUUAGACGAAAUCUCAAUUUACCGCAGGCUCACACGUACAUAAAUCAAGUUAGGCAUCCUGUGAGACGACUUGUGUCGCAUUAUCAUUACAUGAGGAGUACGAACCGGCCUGCUUAUAGAAUUAAAGAAUUUCGAGCUUCUGGAGAACGCAACGAAACUCUGGAGAAAUGUUUUAGAUUGCAGCACAAGGGUUGCCAAAAUAAUGUCAUGACAAGAUUCUUCUGUGGGAGACAUUUUUAUUGCCGUAGAGGAAAUGGCCGAGCGCUGCACAAAGCCAUGAACAACAUCAAGCGAUUUUACGCUAUUGUUGGUCUGCUAGAAUAUUACGACGUUUAUCUUCAACUUCUCAACAAACGUUUACCAAAGUUCUUUCCGAAAAUUUCCAACGAAGAUAUCGGCAGAUUUAAGUACAAUCCAAAAUACAGUUUUGAUAACAUUUCUAAGGACCUCAUUGCAGCUAUCACGAGGGCAAACUGGGCUGAUGUUAAGCUGUACUCAUUUGUUAAGAAGCGCUUUUGGAAGCAAGCUAAGGCCUGCGAAAUAAGAACGCUAUCAAGUUAGUAUCCAGAAUUCCACGGGGUGCUAGUUUGCUUACUUGAGCCUUCACCGUUUGUGGUCAGCGAACAACGCACGGUCUGCCAACGAGCAUCCGGUUACAAGACAGGACUCGGAAAGGAUCAGAAGCGAUUCGGGAGCCGACAGUGAAAGGCGGGUAGUAUUGGGUUUUGACGGAGGUUUCUCGAACUCUUCUGUCGGUUUGAAGAGCUACAUCAGUUCAUCCAAACGAGCCCAUUAAUGAAAUAGAUUUUAUUUUUGUACAAAUUAACUUUAUUUUCUCGUAAAACGGUAAAUGUUAAAUAAGAACAGCAUCUUUUUGAACCGGAUGGAAAUUAAACUACGACCAAGCAUUUUAAAUGUACUGUAAAAAGAUAAAAUAAAAGAUCAUUUGCACAUUAA